AUGACCGUCGGCUCCGGCUCGACCUCAGAACAUGCUGCACGGCUGCAGGCGCUGCUGGACAAGGACUCUGGAUAUGGCGGCAGUACUGUCGACGAUGAGGCAGGUGCGCUGAUCCCCGGAUCGCCAGCUUGGGAUUCUGCAACGCAAGCAGACCGACCUCUGGAUUCAAGCUCCUAUACCAACGGCAGCCACCACGCGCAAGCUGGCGCCGUGCAUCAACUGUGGUAUAACAAGCACCGGGUUACCCUCGAACGGUCAAUAAACAGAGUGAUCGAGCUUCUGAAGGGUCUGCAAGAGAAGAACGCCUCAUGGCCUGCACAUUAUCCUACCGUCCAGCGGACCGACGACCCUGCACUGCAGCGACCUUCUUCCCGACCGGGCUUCCCGCACACGCAGUCCAUGCUAGAAGACCUCCCUACUGCUUCACCUCCUCACCCCGGCGCGCUACGUCGAUCCUUGACAUCCCUCGAAGACCAUGCCAAAGCAGAAUCGAGUCGCGAUGCGGAGAAGAAGCGAAUCAACGCCGAGCCUCGCCUUGUAACACCACAAAUCGCGCAAGAGUUCUCCAUAUUGAAGUUGGAUCUGAAGCUAGGCGCACUGCAUCAGACAGAGCUGGUUCACUCACUCGAGAAGAACUCGAUUGCUUCGCUGCUUGACGGAAAGAUCAGCUCCAGUAUUAAGCACCUUCUAUCACUGCGGGAGCGUAUCGAAGAUCGGUCCAGCAAGGUGCUUGUCACUGGAGAUCUCAAUGCGGGCAAGUCUACUUUCUGCAAUGCGAUUCUUCGCCGAAAAAUCCUGCCAGAGGAUCAGCAGCCUUGCACGAGCAUCUUCUGCGAGGUCCUGCAUGCAAGCGAAAACAACGGAAUUGAAGAGGUCCAUGCCGUCCAUAAGGAUGCUAUAUAUGACCGAAACGACGAGACAACAUACGACGUGUUUUCGAUACAAGAUCUCGAGAAACUCGUGCUCGACAACGCCACCUAUAUCCAGUGCAAGGUCUAUAUCAAGGACAUCAGAACUGUCGACGAGUCGCUAUUGAACAAUGGAGUCGUUGACAUCGCUCUUAUCGACGCGCCUGGCCUCAACUCAGACACCACCAAGACAACGGCACUCUUUGCACGGCAAGAGGAGAUUGAUGUGGUUGUUUUCGUGGUCUCCGCGGCCAACCACUUCACGAUGACGGCGAGAGAAUUCCUUUUGGCUGCAGCUGCAGAGAAGGCAUACCUUUUCAUCGUGGUGAAUGGGUUCGACAUGAUCAGAGAUCAGGAACGAUGUCAAAAGAUGAUUCUGGAUCAGGUUCGGGGCUUGAGUCCUCAAACCUACAAAGAAGCAUCCGAACUCGUUCACUUCGUCUCAAGCAACGCCAUUCCCACAUCACCUCCGCCCGGUGGUCCUGACGGAGGUGACAGCGGCAGCUCAAGUGGUGGCGGCGGCGGCGAUGACCCGAGUGACGACCCAAAGGGCAAAGGCAAAGAUAAGGAAAAGAUUCGAGAUUUUGAGGUUCUGGAGCAAUCUUUAAGGAGAUUUGUUCUGGAGAAGCGGGCCAAAUCCAAGCUGACCCCGGCAAAGAAUUACCUCAUGAACAUUCUCAACGAUGUCAACUCACUGGCAACUGUCAAUGCCGAGGUAGCACAGUCAGAGAUUGAUCGUGUAACCAAGGAACUUGAGGAAAUCGAGCCUGUCCUCGAAUCAAACAAGAAGGCUAAAGACGAGAUUAGCGCCGAAACUGAGAAGAUCAUCGAAGACACCUGCAGCGACGUCUACAACCAGACAAGGGCCAUGAUCAAUUUCUCUAUUGCGCAUGCCAGCGAUCCAACCUUCCUCGAUGUGCACUAUCCAGGCCUCCUCAGCGCUUUCGAGUACGCAGAAGAAGUCAAGGAAGCGAUGCUCUCACAGAUCGCCGCAUCCGUCACCGAAUGCGAGGAGAGCGCGCGAAGCAAGACGGUUGUGGGCGUCAAUGCCAUCAAGCAGCUCGGUAUCCUGCACCUUGGUGACGAAUACAACAACCUCAACUUCCGACCCGACGUCAUGUUCCGCCGCAGGCGCGAUGCGCUUACCCGACAGAUCGAGAUCCCUAUCGAGCUGUGGGACUUCCUCGACUGGUCCAGCCUGCUCCAGCGCCAGGAGAAGGUCGCCGGCACGGGCAUGGCGCUCACCGUCGCCACCGCCGUGGGAGGGCGCCUCAUCGGCGGCUACGGCUGGAUGGACCACGCGCUCAGCGCCGCGCGCAUCGUCGGCAACGACAACCUGCGCCGCCUGAUCGUGCCGGCCAUCGUCGUGAGCCUCGUCGCCGCGGCCGGCUACGUGCUCAACCAGAUCCCGCAGUCGCUGCCGCAGCGCCUGUCGACCAAGAUCUCGUCGCAGCUGGCGGCCAUCGACUACGUGCACGCCAACUCGAGCCGCAUCGCCGGCUCGGUGCGCAAGGUGCUGCGCUUCCCGGCCGACUCGCUGCGCGAGGGCCUGCAGCGGUCCGUCGAGCAGCUCGGCGGCCGGCGCGAGGAGACGCUCAAGGUCCGCGCCGAGAGCGCCGUCGCGCUCAAGUACUUUAGCAACCUCGUGCGGGACAGCGCGCACCAGAGGGCCGCGGUGGGGGGCAUCGACCUCGACGGGCACCCGCCUGGACUGGCGCACUAG